CUAUUCUGAAGAUUGGUGAUUGUUUUGUCAGCGGUUGACCGUAAAAUACAGGACUAGUUCUAAUUUCCUGUUGGCUAAGCUACAAACACAAAGACCAUGACGCAGCUAUUAUAGUUGCAUACCAUAUGCGCUCCGUAAUGUAAUCUAGGGCGGGGGACCCAUGGCUGAUCAUUCGGAUGCCGCUGGGCAGUUAGCCGUGGGCGCUGAAGCUGCUGCGCAAGGCCGCCUGUCAUGCCUGAAAGAUUUCAAGGUGUUGGAGGUCCUCAGUGAGGAUCCUGUUACAAAAUCCAUCGCGCUUCUGGGCAGGUUCACCAGCGGAGGUCCUGAGGAGGUUGCUGCGGAGGAGGGCGGCAGCAGUGGCGGCAGCGGUGGCGGCAACAGUAACGGCAGCAGCGGCAGCAGUGCUCCCCUCGCGGUGCUGCUGCUGGGUCGGAAGCCCUUUGACAAGGUCGCUAUCGGGCAGCUGGUGGGGGAGCGGUUGAGGCUGACCCCUGACUUUGCCAACGACAUCUAUUCCAAGUACGUGGGGUUUCCCCCGCCCGAGCACGCCGCCCUCUCCGUCGACCUCGUCUUCCCCGCCACGGAGAAACACGUGCAGAAGCACCGCCAGCAGCGCCGGCGCAUGGUAACCGAGACGCCCGAAAUGUACGAACAGAUCGUGCUGCCGUACAUCCAAUCUCUUCCGCCCUCGCGACUGCAAUGGGUGUACAACAUACUCGAAAAGAAGAAAGAGGCUGAGCGGCUCAUCUUCGAGGACCCCCACCCGCUGACUGGCUUCAUGCUCCAUCCCGACCUCAAAUGGGACCAGCACCAAGUGGGUCAGCUCUACUGCCUAGCGCUGGUGCACCGCCGCGACCUGCCCAGUCUGCGGUCCCUGGACGCCAGCCACCUGCCGCUGCUGAGGAACGUACGACACAAGGGUUGCAAGGCUAUCAAGGAGCGGUACGGCGUGCCGAGAUCUUCGCUAAGGUUAUUCGUGCAUUACCAUCCGUCGUACUGGCACUUCCACGUACAUUUCGUACAUGCGGAGAUGGGGUCCUUCCCUGGAGCGGUUGCAGGCAAGGCGAUUCUGUUGGAUGACGUCAUCGACAACCUGUGCAGCCAGGGCGGGGACUACUGGCGGCGGCGCAACCUCACGCUGCAGCUGGGGGAGGCAGAUGAGCUCUGGGGGCUGCUGGGGAAUGAGGGCAGCGGUGAAGGGGAGGAGGAGGAGGGGAAGGAGGGCGGCGGGGAAGUGG